AUGACCAAGGCGCCCGCAGCGAAGCCCCGUGGGAAAGCUAAGCUAUCGGGGACGCAGAUGACACUGACUGGACAGCUUGUGCCGCCGCUCGCAUUGACCGACGCAGGGCCGCCGAAGGCACGCGGGAAAAGCAAAGGCAAGGGCAAAGGUAAGCACCCCGCAGCGUUGAGGACGGCUCGCAAAGCUGCGUCAGCCGCAGCUCCCGCCGAAGAACUGCCUCCUCAGGGCGCAGCGGCUUUGCCACCAGAGCCGGACGACGCAGCGUCAGAGGCGGCAUCGGGCUCCGAGGAGCGCGGCGACGAGAUUGGUUCCGAGCUCGGCGUCAAACAGGAUGAGCUUGAGAGUGCCAAGCGUGAGCUUGAGGAGGAAGAGGCUCCACCGCAGGGCGCGGUAGCCAAGGUUGAGAAUGAGGAGCGCUCGCCCGAGGCGGCAGCGCCGCAGGCGGAGGAGGAGGAGGCAGCUCAGGACGAUCCGCCAGCAGGCGCUCCCCAGGUAGGGGAGUUCGUGGAUGUGCAUGGCAUCGAGGAUAGCAUCGUGCGUUGCAACCGCUGCUGUCGCACGGCAAAGGAGUGCAACUACAGGAUCAGGGCGAAGGGCCAGUCGACUUACCAGUGCGACGCGUGCAACACGAACGGGGUGCGCCUUUCUCGGAGGUUCGGACAGUGGCCGCCAAAGUGUUUCGCCAAAAUGAAGAGUGAGUUCAAGCAGCAGUUCUACAAGGAUCUGGCAGAAGAUCCUGGGCUGUCGAACCUCGAUCGCAUUGAAGCCUUCGUGGUCAGCUCAAUCACUGUCCAACGGAUGGAGGAGGAGCGCGUCCGCAAGGGUGGCAAGUACCUUCCGCUGAGGAAGUGGGCGCACGACGGCUUCGACGCGAAAAAGAUUGAAGAUAAUGUGCAGGAUAAGAGGUGGAACCCUGAUCUCGGGGAGUGGACGUACAGGCCGCAAUUGGAGGCGGCCUGGAGCGAGACAGUGGAGGCCGCAGUGCGCAACGAGCUGUACACCGAUAAGAGGACGCAGGCGAAGCAGAGCGGCCCGCGGGCAGCGGCCUCGACGGGCGUCGCAGAGCACGGCGGCGACAAGGGCGACAGAAGCGACGAGAGCGACAUGUCCAGAUCCAGGAGCCGCUCGCGCGGCGACCGCGACAGGAGCAAGAGCCGCCGCAAGGGCAGGAGCAAGAGCCGCGGCAAGAGCAAGGACAGGAGCAAGAGCAGGGAUAAGGACGCUGAGAAGGAGCGGAGGCGACAGGAAGCGAGGGAGAAGGCCGAGCAGGCCAAGAAGGAGACGCAGGAGAAAAACCUGGCGCUGAAGUGGAUCGGCACCGCAACGAGGCUCGAGACAGAGCUGGACGGGUACCUCGAGCAUGAGAAGGCGGACAAGGUGCCGUCAUGGGCUGUGAAGAACGCGAAGGCGGCGAGGAAGUCUGUGGCAGUCAUGAAGGCGGUGGCGCAGAAGCGCGUGCACAGCGGCGUGGCGUUGACGAUCACGCAGGACGAGGCCAUCAGCAUCCAGAAGGAUGCGAGCUCGGCGGCGAGGGCCAUCGCGGGGAUGCUCAAGGAGGCGCAGAAGCACAGCACCUGA